AUGUUGUUCUCACCCUGUUAUAUAUAUAGCCUGUUAUCGACAUAUAUACGUCGUGCAAGACAAUUGAUUGUCACGUGUUCAGUUGUCAUGGAUGGAACAAGUAAUAUGCGUGUUGUCAUUGCAUUGGGCAUCAUUGCUUUGUUUGGAAUAAUUACUUUUGCGCUCGUUGCUGCAACGUUGGGAACUCUAAAUCAGAGAUACGAUCGACUCGACAAGCAAGUGGCUGAUCUUAUGAGUCAAGUGAUCAGUAUUUCACAGUCAUCUUCGACAACGACGACAGAAGUCUAUGCAACUUCUGAUUAA